AUGGCUUGCAAACUAGCCCAACUAGCCCUACUCUUCAUAUUGCACUCACUCCAAAUCCUCGCACUUCCAACUCCCUACGAAAACUCAAUCGCAUUCAAAUCUCAUGCGUCAACAAAUACUACCUACAAUAACCGAUACUACUUCCCAGAAACCCUACCGGACCAAGAUGAAAUCGCGGCAAUGUUGAAAGAGACAGCCAUGCGCGAAGCAGGUUUUGUACCCUCAUCAAACCGAUCACCAUCUAACCCGAAGCCGAAAUCAAAAAAUCAUAAAAUGAAGACGAAUACGGAGCUUCGCAAAUCACCGGAUACGGAUAUGGAUACUGCGAUCGGUACGGUUGCUUCGACACUACCACAGCCGGAUUGGCACUCAACCCAGAACACAAAACUGAGGCAGUCCCAGUCUCAGUUACGUCUGAAAGAGUCGGUCGUCGUCACAUUUGCAUCGGACGACUACCAGAUCUGCUGCCCGCUAUUUGGAUUCUUAGUUGUUUCGGCUGCGAUCAUGUGCUGCUUUACCGUUUGGAAUUGGAUCCGCGCUAAAUGA